AUGCCUCAAUCCGAGGACUCUCUCAAAGGGGGCCGUCAAACCCUAGGGAGCAUGCUCAAGAAAAUGACACCUGCUUUAUUAAGCGCAUGCUUCAUCACUGCCAUGCUGAACAUGCUCUUCGGCUUUGAUACGACCAGUUUCUCGGGCGUGCAGAGCAUUCCAGCUUUCGAACGCCAGUUUGGGACACCUACGGGCACCGGUGGCUAUGCAUUGUCUGGCUCUAGGGCAUCUUUUAUGAGUUCAGUAGCAUUUUCGGGGAAAUUCUUUGGAACUCUUACCAUGUGGAUUCUGUGCAUGAUAAGUUUUACUGGCAUUGUUAUUGAGUGCACUUCACAUAAAGUAGUGCAAUUUGUCCUCGGUCGUAUCAUUGUCUACUACAGCGUUGGAUUGGCUGAAAACACCUCGACAACAUAUCAAUCUGAUAUUGUCCCAGCCGGCUUACGGGGUGCCAUCGUUGGAUCGAUUCAACUUUUUAUCCAAUUCGGUCAAAUAUUUGCUUCCGGCAUCAAUGAGCGGUUCUCCACCGAGACGAGACCGAAAGGAUGGAUUAUUCCCGUGGCAGUUCAGGCCAUUGUCCCUGUGAUCGUCGUCUUUGGAGCAUUUCUGAUCCCCAGUGCUCCACGAUGGCUUAUUAGCAAGGGUCGCAAGGAAGAUGCUAUUCGAACCCUGGAGAAAGUCCGUCCUAAGGAGGAUGUUGCCGCCGGUGUUUGUAAAGAUGAAGCUGAUGCCAUCGAGGAAGCUCUCAACAGCAACGUGGAUAAAGGUCCUUGGAUUGAUCUAUUCAAAGGCACAAACCUUCGCCGAACCUCAAUUGCAACCAUGGUCUUUAUUUUUCAACAAUUUACCGGGCAGGGCUUCGUCUCCCAAUACUCACCUCGCUUCUACAAAACGGUUGGUCUCUCAAAAAAUGCAUUUUUAUACAACAUUAUCUCCAGUGUCGUAGCAUGGGUCGGCGUCCUCAUCGGCAUGCCCUUGAGCGAUCUAAUCGGGCGACGUGACCUUCUCAUUUUAGGAGCUUUCUUCCAGGGAAUUUUCCUUUUUUCCAUGGCUGGAAUUGGCACCAAGAGCAGUUUCACGACCUCGGAUGCUAAUGGCUUGGUGGCAUCUGUUAUGUUGUUCAAUUUCUCAUUCGCCAUGCAAGUAUUCAAAAAUUUGACAUCAUCGAAGACGACGGCUAACAACAUGAUCUAUCAGGACUUGGGCGCCUAUCGCAUAUGUACUUCUGAAAUCGGAACUGCCAGUCUCCGAGAAAAGACAAUGGCUUUCACCAGUACCAUAAACGUUGUUGCGGCUUUUAUUGUUGCAUUUUGUGUCCCAUAUCUGCUUGAUGAUAUUGGUGCCAACAUCGGCUGGCUCUUUGGCGCCAUCAGCUUUGUUGCUGCAAUCUAUGCUUACUUCUUUGUACCUGAGAUCAAGGCAAGUGAUUACAUUCACUUCAAGUCUGUGCCUAAGCUGACUUAUGAGUUAUUCGAGAACCGCAUUUCUGCGCGCAAAUUCGCAGGUACCCAGACUCAUGGAGCCGGCAAAAGGGUCGCCGAACUUGAGAACAGAAUCAAUCUCCAUACAACUCACCACCAGACCAGUGAAGGUGGAAAAAUCGGCACUAUUUCCAAGAAUUAA